GAUAGUUGAAUAGAUGCGCCCUGACCACUGGGAACAGAAAGGAUUCUUCGAAGAGGGAUGAGGAAGUCGGAAGGGGAAGAAUGACCUGGAUACAUUUCCAAGGCGAGGAAAGCAUCUCUGGUAUGGAGCACGUGUCAGUCGCAAAGCUUCAGCUGUAAGCGAAAAACCGAGAGAACGGUGUGGUACAGCUUCUUUCUGGCUCCCGGCCCGAUGGAGUCACUUCCGGGAGGGGGCGGGGAGACAAGGGGAGGCGGGUCGGGAAGGAGGCCGUUUGUAGUGCACCAGGCGGAAAUGUGGCAAAGGUAUUGGUGCCGCCGCUUCCGGUCCGGGUAAACGCGGCUUAGGUACACAGCGUGGUUUGUGUCGUGCGAGGAUAAGGUUCUGAGGGCAAAUCACUGAGUGAAGAGGCGAGCACUGGAGUCUCAGAAGUCUGAAGUCUAGGAGAAACAGCUGUAAGGCCAGGAACCUGAAUACGACUUUGCUGGUGUUUCCGAGGGGGCAACUUCCACCGGGAACCCCUCUACCCUAGUAACGGCCAAAGAGGAGGAGAUGGCGCCAGUCGGGGAGCGGUCGUGGCCGAGACAGUGAGGAAGCGCUAAGGGGGAGCAACCCAGGAAACCUCGGGAGAAGAAUUAGAGGCUCGCUGCUGCCACUGCCGCCACCACCAUGGAAGGCGCAAAGCCGACAUUGCAGCUAGUGUACCAGGCAGUGCAGGCGCUUUACCACGACCCAGAUCCCAGCGGAAAGGAGCGCGCCUCGUUUUGGCUCGGAGAACUGCAGCGUUCGGUUCAUGCGUGGGAAAUUUCCGACCAGUUGUUACAGAUCCGACAGGAUGUGGAAUCAUGCUAUUUUGCUGCACAAACCAUGAAAAUGAAGAUUCAGACCUCAUUUUAUGAGCUCCCCACAGACUCUCAUGCCUCUUUACGGGACUCAUUGCUAACCCAUAUCCAGAACUUGAAAGACUUGUCACCUGUCAUUGUAACGCAGCUGGCUUUAGCAAUAGCAGACCUUGCCCUACAGAUGCCUUCCUGGAAGGGAUGUGUACAAACAUUGGUCGAAAAAUAUAGCAAUGAUGUAACUUCUCUGCCUUUUUUGCUGGAAAUCCUUACAGUGUUACCUGAAGAAGUACAUAGUCGUUCCUUACGAAUUGGAGCAAAUCGGCGCACCGAAAUUAUAGAAGAUUUGGCCUUCUACUCUAGUACAGUAGUGUCUCUAUUGAUGACCUGUGCAGAAAAAGCAGGAACAGAUGAGAAAAUGUUUAUGAAGGUCUUUCGCUGUUUGGGAAGUUGGUUUAACUUGGGAGUUUUGGACAGUAACUUCAUGGCUAAUAAUAAGUUAUUAGCACUCCUUUUUGAGGUUUUGCAACAGGAUAAGACCUCUUCUAACCUACAUGAAGCUGCUUCAGACUGUGUGUGCUCAGCUCUCUAUGCCAUUGAGAAUGUGGAGACUAAUUUGCCAUUAGCCAUGCAACUAUUUCAGGGAGUCCUCACAUUGGAGACUGCCUAUCAUAUGGCUGUGGCACGUGAAGAUUUAGACAAAGUUCUGAAUUACUGCCGUAUUUUUACUGAACUAUGUGAAACUUUUCUUGAAAAAAUUGUUUGUACUCCAGGCCAAGGGCUUGGGGACCUGCGAACUCUGGAACUGCUUCUUAUCUGUGCAGGGCAUCCUCAAUAUGAGGUAGUAGAAAUUUCCUUUAACUUUUGGUACCGACUAGGGGAGCAUUUAUACAAAACUAAUGAUGAGGUUAUUCAUGGCAUCUUCAAAGCUUACAUUCAGAGGCUACUUCAUGCCUUGGCUCGGCACUGCCAGCUGGAACCAGACCAUGAGGGGGUUCCCGAGGAGACUGAUGACUUUGGGGAGUUUCGGAUGAGAGUAUCAGACUUGGUGAAGGACUUGAUUUUCUUGAUUGGGUCUAUGGAAUGUUUUGCUCAGUUAUAUUCUACUCUGAAAGAAGGCAACCCACCCUGGGAGGUGACAGAAGCCGUUCUCUUUAUCAUGGCUGCUAUAGCAAAGAGUGUUGACCCGGAGAACAAUCCAACACUUGUGGAGGUCCUAGAAGGAAUUGUCCGUCUCCCAGAGACUGUACAUACAGCUGUGCGAUAUACCAGCAUUGAGUUAGUUGGAGAGAUGAGCGAAGUGGUUGAUCGAAAUCCUCAGUUCCUUGACCCUGUGUUGGGCUAUUUGAUGAAAGGCCUAUGUGAAAAGCCCCUGGCUUCUGCUGCAGCCAAAGCCAUUCAUAACAUUUGCUCUGUCUGCCGAGAUCACAUGGCUCAGCACUUUAAUGGACUCCUGGAGAUUGCCCGUUCCCUUGAUUCCUUCAUGUUGUCUCCAGAAGCUGCUGUGGGCUUGCUAAAAGGAACAGCACUUGUCCUAGCCCGAUUACCUUUGGAUAAGAUUACUGAAUGUCUUAGUGAAUUAUGUUCUGUUCAGGUUAUGGCAUUGAAAAAGCUGUUGUCUCAGGAACCUAGUAAUGGCAUAUCCUCAGAUCCCACUGUGUUCUUAGAUCGCCUUGCAGUGAUAUUUAGACACACCAAUCCCAUUGUGGAAAAUGGACAGACUCAUCCGUGCCAAAAAGUCAUACAGGAAAUAUGGCCAGUUUUAUCUGAGACUCUAAAUAAGCACCGGGCUGACAAUCGGAUUGUAGAACGGUGUUGCAGAUGUCUGCGCUUUGCUGUUCGCUGUGUAGGCAAAGGAUCUGCAGCCCUGCUGCAGCCACUAGUCACACAGAUGGUGAACGUGUACCACGUACAUCAGCAUUCCUGUUUCCUGUACCUUGGCAGUAUCCUUGUGGAUGAGUAUGGCAUGGAAGAAGGCUGUCGGCAGGGACUACUGGACAUGCUCCAGGCACUGUGCAUCCCCACCUUUCAACUCCUAGAACAGCAGAAUGGUCUCCAGAAUCACCCUGACACUGUAGAUGACCUGUUCAGGCUAGCCACCAGGUUCAUUCAGCGUAGCCCUGUCACCUUGCUGAGGAGCCAAGUAGUCAUCCCUAUCUUACAGUGGGCCAUUGCUUCUACUACCUUGGAUCACCGCGAUGCCAAUUGUAGUGUCAUGAGGUUCCUACGAGACCUCAUCCAUACUGGGGUAGCCAAUGAUCAUGAAGAAGACUUUGAAUUACGGAAAGAACUUAUAGGACAAGUGAUGAACCAGCUUGGACAACAACUUACUUUUUGUCGAUGGUUAGAAAAUUCCUUGAAAGGUUUGCCAAAGGAGACAACCGUGGGAGCCGUCACAGUGACACACAAACAACUUACAGAUUUCCACAAACAGGUCACUAGUGCUGAGGAAUGUAAGCAAGUUUGCUGGGCCUUGCGAGACUUCACCAGAUUGUUUCGAUAGCUCACACUCCUGCACUGUGCCUGUCAUCCAGGAAUGUCUUUUUUAAUUAGAAGACAGGAAGGAAACAAAAACCAGACUGUGUCCCACAAUCAGAAACCUCCGUUGUGGCAGAGGGGCCUUCACCGCCAGCAGGGUGUCCCUCCAGACAGGGAGAGACUCCAGCCUUCCGAGGCCAUCCUGAGGAGUUCCUGUUUUGGGGUGUGAGGGAAAAUCAGCGUGGUUUUUAAAAGAUGGCUGUGGCCUGUCCGGCGUAGUGGGAGGGAAGGUGGUUUCCUGGUGAACUUGUUUCUAAAAGGAAAAAUAAUUUUAAGAAAA